AUGAAAAAACGGCGGUGCAAUCGAUCAUGUUUUUCAGAUGAAGAAGAAAAAGUCAUCGGAGAAUCUAUCCCGAUUGAUCUCGUUAUUGAGAUACUGGUGAGAUCGCCUGUGAAAUCUGUAGCGAGGUUUCGUUGCGUUUCGAAGCUAUGGGAUUCCUUAAUGGACAGGCCAGAUUUCACCGAAUCAUUAUACACCAUCUCUUUGUCACGCCCGAAGCUAUUGUUCAGCUGUUUAAAAGACGGCAAAACUUUCUUCUUAUCAUCAUCAAAGCCUCAGGGUUCGUCUCGUUUAGCUGCAGUCAAAAUUCAUAUGAGUUUCCCAAUUAAUCGUCCCCUUGAAAUAUUCCGCCCGGUUCGUGGUUUAGUAUGCGGUUUAAAUCAACACAGUACUUCAAAGCAAGGCACGGUUAACGUGCCACUGAUAUGUAACCCUAGCACAGGAGAAACCUUGGCAUUACCCAAACUGAAAACAAAGAGAAAGCGGGGAGUGACAAGCUAUCUUGGGUACGAUCCCAUCGGCAAACAGUUCAAAGUAUUGUGCAUGACCCAUACACAUGACCGGCCAUAUUUUUAUCCGCAUGAGGUUGAAGUUCUAACAUUAGGAACUGAUAAUCCAUCAUGGACAAAAAUCCAAUGUAACAUACGACAUGAACGUGUUGUUUUGGAUGGUAAUGGACAUUCGGCAUACGAUGGGAUAUGCAUCAACGGUGCUUUGUAUUACUUAGCAUACCUUUUGGACGAACACACGACUGGUGUAGUUUGCUUUGACUUUAGAUCUGAGAAAUUCAAGUGUAUAAGAUUUACUCAUGACAUGGGACGUGCAUAUAGUACUCAGUCGACCCUCGUCAACUACAAGGGUAUAUUAGCUUUGCUCCUGCCCAACAGGGUCAAUGGUAUGCCAUCUCCUGGAAUCCAACUAUGGGUUCUAGAAAAUGCCGAGACACAUCAAUGGUUCAGUUAUAUCUAUCUUUGGCCUCCGCCUCGGCCUCAUCGGAAGAAAAUUGUUGCAAAGACCAAGUUUGGUCAGAAAUUACAUCAAAAUAUCAAGUUAAGAAUCCAAGGAAUGGAAGCCUUUAAGGAACAUAUAGCUUACACCUUUCUAGACCAUGUAGAGGAUUUGAGGCAAGUGUCAAGAAUCGUGGGCUCUUAA